UGUUGUAAAAUUUCUGGCAUCUCUUCCCCGUGUAAUCUGAUCACAAAAUAUCAAAACAAUAUUAUGUUCGUAAUAUAACUUGAAUAAUAACCAAUUUAAUAGUGUUUUGGCGCCCUAUUUAUAACUGUUUUGUGAUUCCUCAACUUCCUGAGAUCUUCAAUAAAGUCACUACAAUAGACAGAAAAACACACAUCAAAUGAAUCGCUUCCGGACGGCAUUUCCCGCAGUGAACCGGGAACUGCUGAAUUGGUUCCCAGGUCAUAUGGGUAAAGGUAUGAGGCAAAUGCAGCAGAAGCUAAAAGAGGUCGAUUGCGUGAUCGAAGUGCACGACGCACGAAUACCACUUUCCGGGCGUAAUUCGGAGUUCCGAUACACGAUCAGCGGUGUGAAGCCACAUGUCUUGGUAUUGAACAAAAAAGAUACGAUCGAAAGGGGCGCUCAGAAAACCAUCACUGAACGGUUGCUGCGGGAGGAAUCGGACGCACAGCAUGUCCUGUUUACGAAUUGUAAAGAUCAAUCAUGCGACGGUAUCCGGAAAGUGAUGCCUUUGGCACAGGACCUUAUCUUAAGCUCAAAUCGGUUCAACCGAUCCGACAAAAAAGAGUACUGUAUAAUGAUAAUUGGCGUUCCAAACGUAGGCAAAUCCUCGCUUAUAAAUGUUUUGCGAAAUCGUCACUUAAACAAGAAAGGGGCUUCACAAGUUGGCGCAAUAGCUGGCAUUACGAGGAGUGUACUACACAAAAUCAAAAUCUGUGAAGAUCCGCUGGUCUAUCUGCUAGACACUCCCGGUAUAUUAAAACCAAACAUUGCCGACACCGAAACGGGUCUCCGAUUGGCGCUAGUAUCCUGCCUACAAGAUCAUUUGGUCGGAGAAGAGUUGAUAGCCGAUUACCUGCUGUACUUGCUAAACAGGAGAGAGAAUUUCAAGUACGUCGAUGUGAUGGGUUUACGAGAACCUUCCGAUUCAAUUGAUGAGGUUCUGGUGCUGGGAGCGCGCCAUCUUAAUCGAACGGUGCGGAUAAGGAAUUUUGACAGAACAUUGCUAGCACGGCCGGAUGUAAAUUUUGCCGCCAAACAUAUGAUUAAAGCCUUCCGGACCGGUGCAUUUGGCAAAAUCCUCAUUGAUGACGAUAAACUUUUAUGACAGUGAAGGAAACGAAUAAUAGGUACUAACUAGGUUCAAAAUAAACUAAAAGCUUUAUCUUCUUCCAUUUCGAUACUUAUUUCAU